GUUUCAAGUCAGCGCCAAAUUAGUUCGAUACGCGUCGCGCGCAAAGGAAGUUGAUAAUUCGCAAUAAACGUAUAACGGUAAAGAAAAUGCAGAAACUGCAAUUGCUUUGUGUGCUCACGGUGGCGAUUUUAGCUAUCUUCCUACAGUGCAAAUGUCAAGCAGCGGCGUCAAAUAGUCAAUUAGACGCGCUGAAGCAACAAUUGCUGCCCGCUGAGUACAAAAAUCGCAAUUUUACUGUGGAUGAGCUGAAGAAAGUGCUGCACGAAAAGUGUAAAAAGGCGACGGGCGGUGAAGAGAACUCCCCACUGUAUCAGGAGAUUGAGAAGGGCAGCACUGUGUUGACCAGCUGUCUGGCCGAUUUGGCCAAUAUGACAGCGUUGCAGCAAGAAAUCGAGGCGGCACGCCCCAUCGGCGAACUGGACACAGUCUUCAAUAAAUAUUGUGAUAAGGCGCCGGCUGCCGCCAAGUGUCUGCGCGACUUCAAUACCAAAGUACAACCCUGUCUGAACGCCAAGGAGAAACAGCAGAAUAUCGUGUUCAUGCGCAUCGUUACAGGUCUGCUUGAUUUCAUGUGUUCGCGUGGCGGCGAUCAUAUAGCACUUUUCGUUGCCGAGGAGGGACCCGAGUGUUUGGAGGCGAAUCGUGAUGCAAUCAAUAUGUGUUUAAAUAGCUCAUUCCAUGAAUUUCUGCCCAAGGACUUUAAGGUGCCCGAUCUCUUCGAUUUGCCCGAUUUAGUGUUAGAACCAAGUCAUUGUGUCGAUCUGGAACGUUUCCAAAGCUGUACCAUACACCAUUUGGAGCAGUGUCGCGAAAUUACACCCGCUAAUGUAGCCGAGGCGGUGUUUAAGUUCAUUAAGAACGAAACAAGCUGCAAUCAAUAUAUGCAAGCGAAGCCCAAUCAGCGUCCGAUAUUAAUGAAGGCCAGCGCUGGUGGCGGCGGUGUGGCAAUACAAACGUCGAGCUUAUUUAUUUUGUUACUGGGUAGCGGUUUAAUGUUGUUCGUGAGUCAUAUACUGAAGUUGUGAAGCGGUCGAUUGCACUUAUCGAUUAAAACCAGUUUCGAUAAUACUUAAUAGGAUAUGUUGAUUAUUAUUUCGUAAGUAAAACGAACAAAUAUUUGUCCAAAUAAAAUCGAUUAUUAUCGAUAAGUGUUGACUAACAUGUAGAUAUAAAAUUGAGAAAUCGAUUUUCUCACAACUCAAUAGUAAAGAUCAGCACAAUAUAUCAAAACUUUAGAUGCGUUACUUUUUUAAUAAUUUUUUGAUAAUAAAUCGAUGUAUUU